AUGGCCAAAUCAGCAGCGUGGUGCCUGGUGGUGCUGGCGGCAGUGGCACUGGUGGUGGCGGAGGCAGAUGGCAGCCCCUACAAGAGGCCACACUACAACAACCAGCAUGGCGGUCACGGCUCCGUCGGCAUCGGUUCCGUAGGGCACGGCAGCCACUCUUCUCACGGUCAGGGAUUCGUCGGGCUGGGCUCUGUCGGGCACGGAGGUCACGGCUCUCCCUUCGGCAACGGCGGCCGCGGUUCCGUCGGUCACCUCGGCGGGAAGCUCGGUGGGCACGGCUCUUCCUUUGGCCACGGCUCUUUCGGACACCUCGGCGGCCGUGUGAAGGGCGUGCACGGCGGCAAGCACUACCACCACCACCACUAG